AUGUCGACGCUUUCAACGACAAGACGCCAGCUCCUUUCCCUGGGUCUGAUCUUCGGGAUCGCCUCUUACGCCUCCGCCUCGCCGUUCUACCUGUUGACGCAGCACUUGUCACAAGCUUUGCCCGUUCCGUCGCCGGCGAGCAAACAUGACGGCAACCAGCAUCACGGCGGAGGCGGAGACCACCGCAAGGACGACCAUACCCCGAUUACGAUCCCGCGGGACCCGAAUAUCAUUUACGAUGGUUUCCCGAGAGCUUCCUCCAUGGUCGGGUGGAUCUCGAUCGCUUGUUGGCUCAUAGUACGUUGCACACCUGCCCCUCCGCACCUCCGCGCGACCUGAGUGUAUGCAUUAUCCACUCCGCCGCGGAAAGUCCCCAUAACUGACCCACCUCCCGAUUUUCUCUCCGUUCCCGCAGGUGUACACACCCCAGGUACCGUGUCUUUUUUAAAAAGCAACAAGAACCCACCUCGAGUUGACUCUUCCUAUGAAUUUUGUUCUCUGACUCGAUCGACAGUUCUUUCGACCAGCUCUGGCUAUGCGUCGUGCAGCAGUCGGGCGAAGGGCUCAGUCUCGUCUUUCUGGCCAUCGUGAGCUUCAGUAUUCUGUUCUACCUGGGUAUAGGGGCUGGAGCUGACUCGGGUUUGUGACUGUUUGACGCCAAAAAAUAAGUGGCUGGCGGGUGAUGCGACCAACCUCCUCGGAGCUCUUUGGCAGGGGUCAGUUUGCGCAAGUAGCCUGCAGUUGUGACUUGGACCAAAAAUGCUGAUCUUGUGUAUCUGCUCUUUAGACUGCUACCGACGAUGAUCAUCCUCGCGGUCUACUACUCGCUCUGUGACAGUACGCCUUUUCCCCGAAAACGUUUUCAGGCGGCUCCCGGGUGCUCACGCCGAAUCAUUCCCUCCAACCACAGUCGUCCUCAUCUUCCAAGUCUUCUACUACCGUCGCAAGCGAGCCCUUUACCCCGAACUAUUCUCCACCGAAGCCACUUCGGCCGGCGCAAUCCCUUCGACAGCCCACGAGACUGAUCCCCUCCUCUCGUCCUUCUCGGCCCAUGCGCCGAACGAACCCGAGCCGGAUCGUAAAAUGAAGAGGAUCAAGAAUAUUGUUAGCUAUGUUGGUGGUUUCGUUGUGGUGCUGGGUGUGGGGAUCGUCGCUUGGAGGUUGAGUAGAGAUGUGCCCCAGGGGAGGAAACGUACGUUCUUGCGCGCGAUUACCUGGCAGAGACUCUUCUCACUCGGUUGUAUCGCUGACGGAAUCGACCUCCCACAGCCGAAGUCUGGGACACCAAAGCGCAAGUCGUCGGCUGGGCCUCCGCCUUCCUCUACCUCGGAUCUCGCCUCCCCCAAAUCUCCAAAAACAUGGAAACAAAAUGCCAAGGCCUCAGUCUAUUGAUGUUCGCCUUCUCCGUUGCGGGGAACGGGACUUAUGUCGCUUCCAUCUUGUUGACGUCGGUCAACCCGCAACAUAUUCUGAUUAACGCGAGUUGGUUGGUCGGAUCCGGCGGGACGAUCUUUUUGGACUUUAUUGUGCUGGGCCAGGUGAGUUUAGGGCCUUUUUUGAGGAGGGGGGGGGGGGGUGAGGGGGGAAAGAGACAUGUCUCAUCAACUAGCUCUGUGCUUUUCGUGCAGUUCUGGUACUACUCCGCGAGGAAAGCCGAAGAAGCCAAGAUCUUCGCCGAUGACGAACGUCUUUUGGAUGAGGACGUGGCCUGA